AAGCCCGAACCAAAGAUCAGUCGUCGAUUGAACGCAAUACGGUGCGGAGUGUGGUAUUCUGCUAGCUUUAACAUUUAUAAUGAAACGAACGCUGUCGAUUGUGGUGGUGAUUGCGCUACUCGGUUGCAGUACAGCCUCUCCACUGUUCGAAUGGGGGAAAAAGCAGGAAGGGGGUAGUUUGCUCGACAAAGUGUCAACGAUCAAACAAAACGUGUACGAAAAGAAGCGCGAGUUCUUGAACGGUGUCAAUGAGAAGGUUUCGAAAUUGCUCUGGAUUCCACCGUGGCCUUCUUCGACCUCGACUACGGAAGCAACGCCAGUCAGUGAUCCAUCGCUGCAGCAUGAUCCAGUGCCCGAGAAUCCUAGCAUCUGGUGGUGGCAAACGACGCAACAACCCGACAUCAGUACUACGCAAGCGACGAUCGUCACCAGCUCACAACCACCAACAACUUCCUCGACGUUGAGAAAUCCUUGGAGUGCCGAUCGUCUUGUGUUUACGGUGGCAGACACGAAUGAGCUGGAGCUACCGAACGUCUCCAUGUAUGCUCGUAGCAGCUUCAUCCCUCAGGAACUACUCCUAACAGAUUCCAUGGAGCUGUACGCUGGUCCAGUAAUAGGCGGAGGUCCUCCAGGUCCCGGUCUUCGAUCAAACCGUCUUAUAGUGGCGUAGUGUAAGCAAGUUGUUUGUAAUAAAUCGAGCACUUUAUUCACCGA